ACAUAUCUCGCAAAGAUUAAAUUAGUAUUCUGGUGAAGGCAAUUAAUGCCUUUUAACUUUCGUUUCCUAUCAUUUUUUAUGCAUAAAGUUCAAAUUUACAAAAAUAACUUUGAGUGACGAUCAACUAGAACCUAUCCGAAUCAAACUCGAUACAUCAAUACCUAUUGUAUUAUGAAUAAAAGUGUAUUUCUCUUUAUUUGAAUGAGACCGAUAACAUUGGUUUUCACUGAUGAAAAUGGAAAUAAGAUGAUCUUUUGCUUUGUAUUUAAUGUUUAUCAGAAUACAGAACAUGAUCUGGACUGAAAAGAAGAAAAUACGCUUCUCCGGUCAUGAUAUUCAGUUGUGUCCAUUAUGUUGAACAUCGUUGCUUUUGCAGUGUAGAAGCAUAUGGUUAUCUUAUUGAAUUCGAACAUUCAAUGGCCAAAUUAAUAAGUUGAACGUGAAGAGAAGGAAAGAAAAGAAUAUUGAGAAAAAUAUAUGUUACUAUCAAGCCCUUUUCUUUCUAGUUGUACUGUUUUUAUCCAUGUUGUAUAGUGUAUGUAUUUGACCACGAGACAUCCCUAGAUUUGAUUAUCUUUUCUCUACCUCGUUUCCACGUCUAUCUUAUUUAAAAUUCCUUAGUCAUUUCUAUCUUGUGAAACGUUGAACAUAUACCAUUAUUACUCUAUCAACUAUGUACAACAUGCCUAAUGUACCAAAGUUACAAGAAUUAUAUUUCCAUCCUUGGAAAUUACCCGUAGAAACAUUAACAUUAGUUGAUGAUUAAUUUUACUCUUUCAUUGAAUAUUUGGUUGGUUCAACAUUAUCAAAUUUACUUCGAAUACAAGAAAUAAAUUCUGUGCCAAUUCUUUUGCUAACAACAGAUGUUUUCGAACAUUUAUUUUUAAAAAUCAAUGAUGUUGAAACUGAUUUAUUACGUCAAGAAUUAUUAUUAAAGAUCGAUAAUAAUAAUUUAAUCGUCAAAAGUGCUAAUCGCACAAAAAUUAAAUGUUUACUCGAUAUCUUGAAGAUAGCAAGUGAUCGUAUAUUUAAAGAAGGACAACGAAUUGCACCAAAACAUCUGAUCAAUUAUUCUUCAUUUGCAAUUCCAUCAGCAACGCCAGCUGUAUCAACUGCUAACACGUAUUGUACUCUUACAGUUGAUGAUCAACGAAAUCAUUUAUUAAAAUGUAUUGAUGAUUGGUCAUCUUUGAAUGAAAAUUUUUUGAAUCUAAAAGAAUUCAAACUAGAAGAAGGUAAUAAUUUUAGAUUAAUCGUAAAAUCAGAUACCAAUGGUGUCCAAGCAUCGAUUGAAUGCCUAAAAUAUGGUUUUAUUCAUCUUAAUAAAAAUCUCACAAUCAAAUAA